CCACGCCGUCUAUUCACCCUGACUGGGGCUUCGCGGAUGUCUGGGCUCCUCUCUGCGGGGUUCGGGUAGUGCGGAAGCGGACGGUUUCGCGCACCGAGGCGUCGGUGGAGGAGAGAGAGCUCGUCCGUGCAGUUUUCGCGUUUGCAGGAGCUUCAGGGGGCUGCACAGAACAGAAAAGGCGACGCGGCAGGAUCUCAUGCUGAAGAGUGCACACAGGGGCACUCUGAAUAAGAAGCCAAAUUCUGCACUGCAGUGGAUUUCCUCAGGUGUGUGUGUGUGUGUAUGUGUGUGUGUGAGUGUGUGUAAGUGUGUCUGGCUUGACUCAGUAUCAGCACCGAACACUUUCUCAUUAGAAUCAGAAGCACCCGCAAAGGCUUUGGGGCUUCGUCUGGAGGUCACCCCGUCCUACAAAACCGUGCCACCCUCUAGUUUCCAGCCUCCCCCUCCACCACCCCUCUCCCUUUUUUUUUUAUUUUUUUUAUCACAGGCACAGUGUGUUGGCUGGUCAGUCUGUCUCUUCAUCUGGAUCACAAAAGCCUGCAGGCCUCAGACUGUAGAGCUGUGACUGAAGUCUGGGUUCAUACUGUGGAUUUCUAAAGAACUGCAUGGACUUUUAACCAAAACCUACAGGACUAAAGCAAAGACCAACCAACUGUUCAGUUCUCUUGAGUUUUUGGAUGAAGAAAGUUGGACCUGCUCGUCAAAAGGUGUCAAAUUCCACCUCAGGGAUCAGAUUUUUAUCAUCUAAGUCAGCACGACACAGCAAAUCUCAGGUGGCGUAACAGGUUUUUCCCAGGUCAAGGUUGAGUUUGAGUUUCAUCUCAGGGAUUUUUAACCGACAGAGUUUCCAUUUGCUAUUUUUCAAGGCGUGUACUUUUAAAGCAGCAAAAUUUCAGGCAGCAACUGCAUUUUUGGUUUCGGCAUCACCCCAUGAUCUCCCGUUGCCAUGGCAUCUGACAGCUUCCAGUACCGGGCGCUCUUUGAGUACAAGCGGGAACGUGGUGAUGACAUCAGCCUCCAGCCGGGUGACCUGCUCACCGUCCCAAAAGCCGCGCUGAUGGCGACGGCGGGACUGGAGUACCAGGAGGGGGACGAGCGCAGCCCCAAAGGCUGGCUGCACGGAACCAACGAGAGGACCAAGGAGAAGGGAGACUUUCCAGGGACCUUUGUGGAGUACGUAGGGGUGGUGAGAGUCGGCCCUCCUGUGGCUAAAUCCUGGCCAAGGCCUGUACCACCGACCCCUGGGGGGCAACAGACUUCCGUCGGGCCUCAGCCUCCCGGAGCAGCCGCUGCUUCAGGUGUGGAGGCAGAGCUUCUGUCUGACGCCGCUCCUGUGGUUGUCUGGAGACUCAUCGAGGCCGUCGAGAAACACGGUUUAAACAUUGAGUCUCUGUAUCGGGCUCCUCCGACCUCCGGUGGACUGGUGGAGCUGCGCCAGUCUCUGGACUCAGAUCCGUUCUCAGUGGAUCUGGACCAGUAUGACGUGGUUUCUCUGACCGACACUCUCAGAGGUUUCCUUCAGGACCUGAACGCCCCCAUCAUCCCUGCCACAGUUUACAGUGAGCUGGUCUACACUGCCCAAGAGAGUCAGAGUGUAGAGGAGUGCGGGGAGAGGCUUAAGAGGAUCCUGGAGUCUCCCAGCAUCCCUCAGGCCAACCACCAGCUGCUGCUCCACCUCAGCAGACACCUGGCCCGGGUCAGCCAACACAACCAGACUGGCUCCAGGCUCCUGGGACAGGCCUUCGCCGAGGCCGUCUUCAAGCACUCCACUCUCAGUGCGGACGUGAACCCGGAGCAUCACGUCAGGAUCUUGGAGGCUCUGAUUGCAACAGGAGGUCUCAUGGAGAUGCAGGCUGCACCAGCUCUUCCUCCAAAGCCAGCAAAGCCCCAGCAGACCUCCUCUGUGGGGGUGGGAGGGGGCAGCAACAACGGCGCCAAGGACGGUGGAGCAGGAGGCUCACUGCAAGAGGCUGAAUGGUACUGGGGAGACAUAUCCAGGGAGGAGGUGAAUGACAAGCUCAGAGACAUGCCUGAUGGGACCUUCCUGGUGCGGGACGCUUCCACCAAGAUGCAGGGAGACUACACGCUCACACUAAGGAAAGGGGGCAACAACAAGCUGAUAAAGAUCUACCACCGGGACGGGAAGUACGGUUUCUCCGACCCCCUGACGUUCGGCUCGGUGGUGGAGCUCAUCAGCCAUUACAGACACGAGUCUCUGGCUCAGUACAACACCAAGCUGGACGUCAAGCUCAUGUACCCCAUCUCCCGCUUCCAGCAGGACCAGCUGGUGAAAGAGGAUAACAUUGAUGCUGUUGGGAAGAAGCUCCAGGAAUACCACAAUCAGUACCAGGAGAAGAGCAAAGAGUACGACAGACUGUACGAAGAAUACACCAAGACGUCACAGGAGAUCCAGAUGAAGCGCACGGCCAUCGAAGCCUUCAACGAGACCAUCAAGAUCUUUGAGGAGCAGUGCCACACGCAGGAGCGCUACAGCAAGGACUACAUCGAGCGCUUCCACCGCGAGGGCAACGACAAGGAGAUCGAGCGGAUCAUGAUGAACUACGAGAAGCUCAAGUCUCGGCUCGGGGAGAUCCACGACAGCAAGGUGCGGCUGGAGCAGGACCUGAAGACACAAGCCAUGGACAACCGCGAGACGGACAAAAAGAUGAACAGCCUGAAGCCCGACCUCAUACAGCUCCGCAAGAUCAGGGACCAGUAUCUUGUCUGGCUCAAUCACAAAGGAGUUCGUCAGAAACGAAUUAACGACUGGCUGGGAAUCAAGAACGAGAACACUGAUGAAGGCUACUUUGUGAGCGAGGAGGACGAGAACUUGCCUCACUACGACGAGAAGAGCUGGUUUGUCGGGGACCUGAACCGGACGCAGGCGGAGGAGCUGCUCCUCGGGAAGCCGGACGGGGCGUUCCUCAUCCGAGAAAGCAGCAAGAAGGGCUGCUACGCCUGCUCUGUAGUUGUUGAAGGUGAGGUGAAGCACUGCGUCAUCUACAGCACACCGCGUGGCUUCGGCUUCGCUGAGCCCUACAACCUGUACAGCAGCCUGAAGGACCUGGUGCUCCACUACCACCAGACCUCCCUGGUGCAGCACAACGACUCGCUUAACGUCCGCCUCGCAUACCCCGUCUACGCACAGAUGCCCUCCGGACGCAGAUGAACCCCAACCACCUGGCCACGACCCCCACACGGACAACAAACCAACCCCCUCUUGGGGAAGGGAGAACGGGGAGAGUGAAGGGAGGAGGGAAGAAAGGAAGGAAGGAAGGAAGGAGGGAAUGGGGGGGGAUUGGUUGAAAUACAAAGCAACCCCAACACCAGAACUGUCAAAGAUAGAUAGAAACGAAGUAAACACUUGCUGCAACACACACGUCAGCCACCUUGGAGUUAUAUAUUUUUACAAGAACAAUUUCGGAGGGCAUUCUUUCUAAAGACUGCUUGAUUUGCACAAGGAAGUUUUAAAUGUUUGUGAAUGUGAAAAAAAAAAAAAAAAAGCGACAGAAGGAAGGAAGGAAACGGAGUAGGCAACUUCAGAGUUUCAGGUUGACCCCGCUGCUACCUAAACUCCAGCUCAGACUUUUUACCAGAAACUCAAAAAAACCAUGCGAAUGACGACGAAGACGACAACAAAACAUUCCCAUUUUAAACCUUUUUUUCUUUUCCACCUCAGAUGAUUAUAUUACAACGUUUUUGUUUGUUUGUUUCUGGAGUCGUUUUCAUGUUUCAGAUGUUUCCUUUUUUAUUUACUCCUAACCUUGUUUGUGGUAAAUGCAAGAGGAGAUGAUGAUGAUGAUGAUGUUGAUGAUGUCAAGUGUCUUGUUUCUGUCCCUCUCCGUAUGAAAAGCAAAAAUAAUGUAGCAUUACAAGACAACGGACACUUAUUCUGUUAAGUGUUCCUCCAUGUAGACUGCUGCUGAGGGGUUUUAGGGGGAGGGUGGGGGAGUUGAAAGGGGGAGGGGGAGCACAAGUGACAUAAAACAGUUUUGUAGUCUUAAGAAGGACAAAAGGUUUGCUUUUAUACUAACUGUUAAGAGUUGUUUUAUGUUUUGCCAAUGUAAAUGGCAACGUCACAGAUCAGAACCAGAGACCAAAGUGGUGUGGAGAGGGAAGGAGGAAGGGCAGCAUAGUUUUUCUUUCUUUUUACGUGAAUGGAGAAACGAAUGAGGAAAAGCAAACGAAUGGUGUGUUUGAGACCACACAUAAAACCGAGUUUUGGGCCAUGUGCUUUUGCACCAAAUAGCCUUUUUUCUUUUUCUUUUUUUUUUGGGGGGGGGGGGGGGGGGGACCAAAUGAUACGUAAACAGAGACGCCAGGACCUUCUGUAAAUACAGAUAGUUGAGUAAGAAGCACUUAAAUCGGCCCCUGUUUGUGACCUCAGCUCCCUGUACGUCAUCCUGUGGUUCCGUCACCUUUGUGAAUUGAAGUGACAAGUCUAAAACUAAAGUUGAAAUGAUCAAUUAUGAUCAAAUAAGCCCCUUUUCCACUGGUCAAAAAACCCAGUAGGACCUACUCACAUUGGGCUUUUGUCAGCAGUGUGAAAGGGUACUAUCAGCAUUCACACCAGGGUCACAUGAUGCAGUAGACGCGGGUAUUUAUUGGCUCCAGCUCCCAUCGGCAGUGAUGUAAACAAAACACCCGGGAGAAUCCACUAAUGGCAGACCUGUCACCUGUCCAGCACAGUGCUGUUAAACCAGAAACACUGUGGCUACACUGUGCUUGGGGAUGAAACAGUUCUCACACGUAAGCUCCGACACUUUUAGAGGAGCACCAACCCAGAGAUGGCACGCUACAGAACUGUUUUACCAGUCUGCACGGCGGCUAGCAACUCACUCUUUUUCCCCUGCAUCUGUAUGUGUGCUCUCAGAAUGGCAAACUCAUCUGGCAGUGUGAAAGGAUUUACCCGGGUUUAAAAAAAACCUGCUUACACCUGCGGAUUUUGGUCUGAAAGGGGUAUUAGAGUCUCGACAGGAGAAAGGUGCUGAGGUCACAAACGGGUACAGAUGAACCGGUAAGGAAAAGGUCACAGAUGGUCAGUUUCACCAAAAUCAUCCACUGAAGGAAAAUUAAAAAGUCUGACCAUAAAACCUGACACCCAUUUUAUGUGUGGUUUAAAAAAAGAAGAGAGAGUGAUAAAUGCAUAUAUGCUAAUGACUGUGGGUUGAAAACUGGGACUGUUUGUGUUUUUGUUACAAAACCUGCAGAUAUAAGACGUUUUGAUAAAAAUGUUUUAUGUGUAACACAGAAAGGAGGUGGAGGCAGAGGCGAGGUCCUGAGCUGAAGACACAGGCUUUAGAUGAAAAUACUGAAAACUUGAAAGAACGUGCAAUCUAGCAUAUUGUGUUAAUGUAGUUCAGCAGUCACACAGAGAGAGCAUGAGAUGCACUACGGUCAGAGAGAUAAUCAAAGUGCACAGUGAAGCUUUUGGAGUGUUCAGUUUUGUUUUUGUCUGAUUGCUUAGGUUCCUUUUUUAUUUUUAUUUUAUUAUUUUUCUAACUCAGAUCUUCUUGCCCGGUGCUUGACUUUAUAACCAGUGGAAGAAUUUUCUGUCAAAGACUAAAAAUAAGGAAAAAAAAAGCAUCACACAAUAAAAAAUUAUCUUCAAAAGCUGAAGAGAAAAACACAACCAAGUUGCAUUCGAUUCUAUUCUUCCUAGAAAUUCUUUGUCGCUGAUUGGCUGUUCCUCUGGGGAGACGUCGCUGAGAUGGUCGUCCCCGUCGCUGCCUGUCUGAUAAUACCCAGCUAUUUUAAGGUCCUAAUGAAUUAAAUCCCCACCCCCUUUUCUAAAAUUGAGAUACACACUGGCUUUUUUUUUUUUUUAAAUUUAAUUUAAUUUUUUACAGGAAAAAACUUAAAGACGAGACGACGCUGGUUACAAAGUCAGACAAAGCACCUCCCCCUUCCCCCCUUUGUCGUCUGCAGUGUUUUUCACAGUACGAUAAGCCAGCAUUAGAGUGUAUGGGCCACACACACACACACACACACACACACACACACACACACACACACACACACACACACACUGUAAUAUGUUACAUCUGAGGGAGUGUGUCAGGUUUUAGGAAGAGGGCCAUUGUUUGAGAAGCUGCAGAGGAGUCAUUGUGAGUGAAUGAUACAACCUUGGUUGUACCCACCAUGUGUUUAUCUACACCCGUCUCAAUGUCCUCCUCACCAUCCUAUAGUGUAGUAUCACCGUUAUCUCCCCCCACCACCACCCCCCCACCCCUUUCAAUUGUCCAUCCUGUAAAGAUAGAUGAAUAGGGGUGAGGUGAGGUUUGUGGAGCUGAAAGCCAUUGAUAGUCAGUCGUCUCCACCUUCAUGGGGUUUUUUUCUUUUUUUUUUUUUAAGUGGAUACUUAACAAGUUUGAUGCGUCCUAAAGCAGGCAGCACUAAAUCCAGUUUGGCCUGUUCUGACACUGACUGCCUGUCAUGUUAACACCAAAAUGAUGUAAAAUUACUCAAGUAAAUUUCCAAAAAUUUGAAAAAAAUUCUCCAUCAACUUGGAUUACACAGAUAUUUUCAAGAAGGCGUAACAAGAUAACGAAAAUUGAAUGGGCGCCAGUAAGAUGGCGGCAUCAUUUCAUUACUGCUUUCUGUGAUCAGAUGUUUUUGUUCAUUUACUGAAGCAAAAUUGGCAACGUCAGUUUCCAUUUGAAUUUUAACUUUAUCAAUAUGGCAACAUUUCCACCUUUACCGAAGUAUAAAACUUCUUUUCAAACUGAUGUGCCGCUUGGAAAUGGACAUAAAAAGGUGGAUGGAAACUUGAGAGUAUUUAUUGUGACUUCCAGGUCUUUUCCUGGGACAUGGUUAGAGCAGACAUGGCUUAAAAACAAGAAGUAGACAAAAAUGAUCAUAAUUGUGUCAAAGUAAACUUUUAAUAUGACACAACCAGUUGUUUUGCUUCUGAGGACAGACCAAAUUUGAUUCAGCUUGAUGCAUACUGCCAUCCCAACUAGUCCCUCUCUGCCAUCCGAGUGUAGCUAAAAACAGAAAGUGUGGAGGAAGACGGAAGAGACAGUAUCAACACAGCUGGACAUUUGGUGCAAGGAGAUGAUAUGAGUUGAACUGUGGCUACAAAUAUUUAUGUGACAUUUCAGGGUAAAUUGUCUAUAAGGUUUUUUUUUUUUUAAUUUCCCAUAUAUCUAAACCAGUGUUUUUGUCUUGAUAUUGGUUCUAGGAUCCAGUGUGCAGGUCAUUUGUGACAAUUAAACCGUCACCUUGGUGGGAGGCGUCCUUUUAAAGACGAAGACCCUCCCACCUUGAUUCACUUCCUGUCUGUUUCUGUCCAGCUGUGAUGAUGGUGUUUCAUCUGCGUUCUCCCUGCAGAUUCAGGACUCUUUUAGUUUUACAGGGGACAGAAAGGCGGGGUUUGUCGAUAUAAUCUUGAAUGUACAAAAAGGAUCAGUCCGGGUCCAAAGCAGUUUUUUUUUUUUUGUUUGUUUUCUUUUUAAAGCACCGCUGGCGUGUUUUGUCCGUAACGGAAACAAGACGAUCCUUACUCAAGGUGCUAUCGGAAAUGCAGGCCCAUUGGAUUCGGCAGACUUGUAAACGUCUCCAUCUCAAAGUCGUGAACCCUCAGGUGUUUUCAAGUUUACCGUAGAAACUACCACACAGCAAAGCCAGCCAUUUGAAAGAAAAAAAAAAAACAAGUAAAUCAGGGUUUUUUCUUCAUUGAUACUUAAAUCACUCUCAGUCGAUUAAGCUAGACCCCCACCACUUUGACUUUUGUAGUGUCCUAAAUUCAAGAGGCUUGUCCCUCAUGGCUUCCUGUAGCUUAGACGCAGCAUCGUCACCAAAAGGAUGUCAUAGUCUUUCCUUCCCAUCCAUCACCACACAGUCUGAAGGUUUCUUUUUCUUUUUCUUUUUUUUUUCUUCUUUUUUUUUUGUUAGCUGACAUUUUUGCAUAGGGAACUCAAAAAAUCCCUAACUCUAUUACUUGAACAAUAUUGCAUUGCUCACUGUUGAAUGUCUUUAUAUGGAAAUAUACAUUUAUUAAAGAUAAAAAAAUGGAAAACGAAGAGUUCCCUUUUGUUUUAUGGUGAGCAGGGCGGAGGUUUUUAGAGUUUUAUGACAGAUGUACAGUAUUCAUUACAGGCAAACGUAACGUAGAGCUACUUUAGGAGGGAAGGAGGCGCUUUUUAAAACUUUUCUCAGAGAUAUGUUUGAAUCUUUUCCUUCACAGAGGGCUUGUCUGAAAUUGCACACAUUAUCAUCUACAAGAGACUUGUGUUAAUAUUAACCUGUGAUGUCUGUAUGCAUCCUGAGUCACAUUUACACAGAGAUGUCAUAUCUAUCAUACAUAUAUAUAUGUAUAUAUAUAUAUAUAUAUAUAUAUAUGUAUAUAUAUAUAUAUGUAUAUAUAAAUAAUACUAAAAGAUAUUACAGUUUGAAGGGUUGUUUUGAGUCGUAGUCAUUGUUCUUUGACUGUUUUCGUUUGCCCCCCUCAAAAAAAAAAAAAAAAAAACAUUUAGACCAAAGAUUUCAGUUCUUGUUAAUUAAUAUUUCAGUUGUCGAUGGGAAAGGGAUGUGUCAGUGAUGUUUUUCUUUUUUUUUUUUUCUUUUUUUUUUUUAAUCUCCAUUGCCUUGAUAUUGUCACAACUCAGAAGAUAAAACCAUGUAGUGUGAAUGAGUGUCCCGUACAGCUAGCUAGGAUUGUUGGUUGAUCUGUUCAUUUGUGUUGAAUUUAAGGUCAAACAGGUCAUUUUAGUUCGGAAGGAUCCGUUUUUAAAGUCCUUGUUCAAUGAUGUCCCGAUGGUGUAAAACCAAUCAGAUUUAACUUGAUCCGUUUUCUUCAGUUUUUAUGUCCCGUUGGUAUAAACUGACUUCUGUUGAGGAUUUAAAAGACCAAAAGUCACAGUUUUUGCACAUGAUGACCAUAGCUGGAGUUUUAAUUUUGUUUUGGAGUUCGAAACGUUUCUGUUUCUGUGCUGAAAAUGUCCUGUAGAAAUCUCAAGAACAAAAACUGUAUUUUGGGGGAUUUCAGAUUAAGUUUUCUUUGAAUUGUGUUUCUCAUCUUGUUCUCUAAAACAUGUAAAACAUUUUUUACAGGGGCUUCAUAUCUUGCCCCAGAAAACAAGAGUGACACAUGAUUUAGGAUUAUUAAUUAUUAAUAAUUAUGCACAACGUUUGGAUCUUAGUUUUUGGAAACUUCAGGGGCUCCGUGCAGUUUACAACAGGGGCAUUACAAUUUAAUUUUACGCUAUUUAUAUUACAUUUUCUGUGUUUAGUUUGUUUUAAAAUCUCAAUUUGUCCAUGAUUUGAUUUUGAUCAAAAUCUAAUUCAAAAGAAUGAUGUGUAUCAUGAAGGCAAAACUUUCACCUCAGACAAACAGCCACUCACUAUGUGGAAAUGCUACAGGAGAUAUGGAAGGUCAACAGGGACGAAAUUCUUUUUAAACAUUUUUAAUGUGUCAAUUGAAUUGGUCUUUUUUUUUUUUUUUUAUAUUCCUGAUAUAUAAUGUCCAUUUCCAGUCAUGAUUAAUUCAGCAGUUGUGGAUCUGAGGUUUCUGCAGGACUAUUUUCCCUCAUAUCUCACUCCAUCACAACAUGCAAUAUUCCCUUUUCUGUCAGCCAGGGGUUCGUGAUGGAGGGACAACUGUUUUCACUUCAGGUGCAUCGACCCCCCAUAAUGCAGGUGUUUCUGAAUGGGCGCGGGGGUUCUGUUUGUAGUUGUACUAAAAAACAGGUGGAAAUAAAAGCAGUUGAAAGCGUUAGUGGGACAAACCAAAAUAAUCAAUUUUAUCAAGUUUAUUUUUACUGACUGUUUAGAGUUUUCACUUAGGAAAACUCAACUCCAACUCGAAUAACUCCAGGAAACAGGCUUAGGUCCGCCUCAGAAAAUAAAGGUACAUUUUGAUUCAAAAGGUGCAGAUAUUUACAAUAAGCCUACUGUUACCUUUUUUUCUGAGGGUUUAUACUCACUACCACCCCAGGACUGUUAAAAUAGCAACUGUCUGUUGUUCCUCUGCUACUACUAUUAUUACUACAACUACUACUACUCGCCCUCAAGCAGUUCUGCAAAGUUUUAUUUGCAGCCAGGUUUGAAUAUGUUUGUGAUUCUCACCGAGGAGUCGUGUUGUGUUCUUACCACUGCUUAUCUGAUCACAGUACCCAGCACAGCUUCGAGGAGUGACAGCUUCUUAUAUAUAUGAAAAAAAAAAAGAACUUUUAGAAAAACAAACUUAAAAAAAAAAAGAUUUAAAAAAAAAAAAGUGUAUAUGACACCCCUCCCUCCCCUUACCCCCCCUUUUACCCCCUUUUUGACAUACGUACAGAUCCAGCAUGCAUAUUUGGUACUCUUGACUGUUGUUUUUUGUGUAUAAAAGAAAAAUGGUAAAAAAGAUGUCUUUGAAAAACAACUGUUAUUUGUCUGUUUAUGGUGUAUUCAGAUCUGAAUUUAAUAUAGCAAAUUUAACAUCACUGCUUACAGCUGAAACAAGUUCCAGUCUUUUUUGUGUCAGUUGUAUAAUGCUAUGACAAUGUAAUACUGAGAAAGUGGACCAUCACUAACGUUCUCUUAAUACCAAGACAUAGGGACUUUGAGUAUUUAUGUCCUCAUUACUGAAAAUCGUCCUGAUUUCACGGAUCAUGUUGUCUAAACUGUGUCUUAUCACCAUAAUGUUAUUCGUUUUUAAGACAUGGUGAACAUCGCCCUUUAGGUCACUGUGUUAUGGGCUAUUAGAGAAGAAUUGUACACAAUAGAAUGAGCUUAAAAACACAACUGUUCCACAUUUAAAAUACUAAAUUCAGUCAGUAAAGUGUUGGUUCUCAAACCUCUUAAGAUCCAGAAACAAGAACUCAUACAAGACGCCAUGUGUUAUAACAGUUUCCUCCCAUACAGCUGUUUGACUGGCUGUAACCGGUCUCUUUCUCAGUGUUACCCUCUGCCAUAACUGCUACCAGUUUCUCUUGGUAUUCUCUCUUUGAAAUGGUUUUUGGCCCAUCACGGUACAUUUUACUUUCUUGUAUCGGUUGCAAUAGUUUGUUGGUUGUAGAUUCUCCAUUUGUUUGAGCUGAACUCAUGUACGUUUAUCAGUGGAGCUCCACAAUAUUCAGUUCUCUUGCAGAAUAAAGAAAAUAUUUUGUUCAAAUACAAA